UGCAGUCAGAAUAACUCCAGAGAAACGCGCUGCGAUGACUACAUGUCUGGAGAAACACGCAGACGGAGCAGCCCGACUCCAGGAAACCAGGGAGGGCUGAGCUAAAGCUCCGCUUUCCUCUCGGGAUCGGAACAAAGCGACACAAACGUUUUUUCAGGAGUGAGCCGCCGCUACCGCCGCCGCCGCCUCGCAGCCAUGAGCGCCCACUCCAGCUUCGGGAGCAGCAUGCUCUUCCAGUCCAUAAACGACGACCUGAACGCCUCGCUGGCCACGGCGGACGAACUGUCCAAGGAGUUCAACUCCCUGCUGAUGGAGGCCAGCUCCAGCAACGACGCGCCUGCGUCUCAGUCCGCAGCUCCGUGGGACCCGCCUCUGUCCUCCGGCCCGUCCAGCCUCUCCAGCGUCUCCAGCGCCUCUGGUGUCUCCGGUCCCACCAGGCUGUCCGGAGGCUCCGCCUCCACCAGUUUCCGUCCCGUGGACUCUGCCGCCCCCCUGAGGAACCCGUCCCCCCCCGUCAUCACCACCAGCCCGCGCUCCUCCCCCGGCCUCCACAGGAAGGGGAUCCGCGGGCCGGACCUGUACCCGUACGGGCCCCGGCCCAGCUCGCCCUCCUUCUACGACCGGAGCCCGCCGGGCCAGAGCCCCGUCUCCGUGGCGGGCUCCCUGGACCUGCCGGCCCGCUCCCCGUCGCUCCAGACCUCCCCCAACCUGCUGCACCCCUACGACCAGGGCCAGGUGGGCCGCCGGUCCCCCCGGUCCCCCCGGAUGGACCGGAGCCCGUCUCCGCUGGCGCUCCGGAGCCCGUCUCCGAUGUCCUUCCACCAGUCCGGGACACUGCCCCGGAGCUUCCCCAGACUCACAGACGACGGAGCGCAGCGCCAGAAGAGCCCCGGGAAGUGGAACGAGACGGACCUGGACGUGUCCUACGACAGGAAGCCGCACCACUCCUACGACAAGACGGAGUGGAUCCGGACGGUGGUUCCCAACAGCAGCUGGAGGGAGUCCAACCUGGACGGGCCUCCGCCGCCGCCGGGCCCCAAGAAGCAGACCCCCCCCCACCACAGCUCAUCCGCCUCUCUGCCCCGAAACGCCCGUAUCUCCGUCCCCCCCGACCUGAUGGGGCCGCCCCACUCCCCCUACUACUCCCAGCCCAUCGUCUCCCGCAUCUCCAUGCCUCCGGCCUCCGCCCAGCCCCACCAGCGUAAGCCCAUCCCUCUCUCUGUCAUCAUGCGCCUCCAGAACCCCCACUGGGGGGCCAUGGCGACCCGCCACCCCCGGGUCCUGGGGGGGGACAGAGACGUACCUCCCUACCAGCCACCCAUGCCGAGGGAGUUCUUCCACCAGCCGGCGUUCCCGCCGCAGCAGCCGCCCCCCGAGCUGAGGCAGCCGGCCGUCUACAGCGACGCCCUGAACCCGGCGGACAUCGAUGCAGAACUGGAGCGCCUGGAGAGCGUGCAGCCCCUGCCGGCGGCGCCGGGGGGAGGCGGCGCCCUGCCGGCGGUGCCCCGCCCCCUCAGCCCCACCCGCCUGCAGCCCGUCGUGGCGCCCGAGUCCCAGAGCCCCCACAUCCCGGACCUGGAGGAGCUGCUGCGGAUCCGGGCGGAGAUCCCCCGCCCCCUGAAGAGGCGGGGCUCCGUGGACCAGGGGCGGCCCCUGAAGAAGGCCUCGCUCUACCAGCCCAACCAGUACAAGACACUCAUCGACAAGCUGUUCCGCCGCAAGGAGCGCGCCGCCCGCGGCGAGCACGGCGGCGGGGAGAGCAGCAGCUCCUCCGAGGGGGAGGACGCCGCCAUGCCCCCCCCACAGAUGUCCACGGUGAACCAGCAGGACGCCAAGAACUACCAUUCCAUCCUCCGGCGGCCCAAGAAGGACCGUAAGAGUUCUGGGCGUCAGGCCCGGCUCAGCCCGCUGGUGCUGCUGCUGGACGGGGCGCUGGUGGGGGAGCUGGACACGGUGCAGAAGGCCGUGCAGGAGAUGACAGACCCGAGCCAGGCCAACGACGAGGGCAUCACCGGCCUGCACAACGCCAUCUGUGGGGGCCACUACAACGUGGUGGACUUCCUGGUCCGGAUCGGGGCCAACGUCAGCGCCCCGGACAGCCACGGCUGGACGCCGCUGCACUGCGCCGCCUCCUGCAACGACCGCGUCCUCUGCGAGUUCCUGGUGCGGAACGGCGCCGCCGUGGUGGCCAUGACAGAGAGCGACGGCGCCACCGCCGCCCAGAAGUGUGAUCCCUACGCCCCCGGCUUCGAGGAGUGUGAGAGCUUCCUGAGGGGCAUCGAGGAGGCCAUGGGCGUGGAGAACAGCGGCGUGCUGUACGCCCUCUGGACCUACCCGGCCCAGGCGGCCGACGAGCUGAGCUUCAGGGAGGGAGACAUGGUCACCAUCCUGCAGAAACCCGACGGCUCCGACUGGUGGUGGGCGUCGCUGUGCGGCCGCGAGGGCCUUGUGCCCAGCAACUACUUCGGGCUUUUCCCGAAGGUUCGUCCUAAAUCCCUCUGCUGAACAUCCUCUGUGAUCGAUGAACUGAAGCUGAGGAUCCUGCAGAGAUGCAUCUGCACACUUGUUUAACCAGGACUGUCGGUGUGAGUGUGGCGGGGGGGGGGGACGUGUCACAGCGUCUCUGCUGGAGUUAAAGUCAUGCCUGCGUUCUAGAAAGGUCAUGGAAAGGUCAUCGUUCCUGCUGCUUCUGACUCAUGAGCUGAUUAACAACCUUCAAGCGAGCGGCGGCUGCUGAUGUCGGUGUCGGCCGCCAGCGGACCCCGCCUGGGCGUCCAGAACCCACCACGGCCCGGUUCAGACACGCCUCCAACAGUUUGUUAGUGGGUCAAUGACGUGACGCCUAUAUUUUCUGAAAAACAGAUGUUUUUUUCAAUUUAAAAAAGGUUUAAAUGGAUAAGAAAAUACAAUAUACUGUAUAUGACUGACCUGUCCCACAUAUGGACUCACUUGAAUUUUACAAAAAAUACUAGUUAUUUGGGAUUUUGUUGUUGUUUUAAGCGUCAAAAUGUCAUGUGGUGCGACCGUCCGACCAGGACUCUGGUUUUGAAAACUUGUUUUGGAAUCACUCUAAAUGUUUUUAAAUCAAUCUUCUGCCCUAUCUGGCAUGAUUUCCGAAAUGUCUUGUAGUGUGUAAGAUUUAUACACAUUUAUAUUUAUAUUUCCAUCAUAAUAUACGAAAAAGUUUGACUGAUUAUGUCCAUUUUAUGAAAUAUCAUGUGGCGCGACCAUUAAAAAAACAACCAUUUUUGCAUAAUACUGAAAACUUGUAAAAAAAAAAAGAUGUUAAGGAAAUUAAUUUAUUUUAAUACUAAUCAUGGUUGCACCACAUGACCUUUUUUAAGGCUAGUGCCAAUUCAUCUUGACAAAAAACUCAAAAAAUUGACCUGUUGAAAAUCCUUAUUCGUCAUUGACCCUUUUGUAGAUUGAGCUUCGACACCGAGUCAAACACAACCGUCAGAGAUUCAUACAGACUUUUCCAUCAAUCAGAACAAGACAGUUCAGAAAACUGUGUCUCCAUCAUCAAAAGCUGGAAGCCAUACCA